AAAAUUUCGGCCAAAGCAGAACUGGUAGCGCAGCAUUUCGAGUUUGGCGGGUGAGCUCAACCUUGGAUCGAUCACCAUUCAACACCUCUCGAAUUGCUUCACUCUUCAGCGGCGGACAUCAAAAUGGCGCCAAAAUUCUCGGAGCCUAGCGUAAAGAGAAAGGUGCAUCACAAUGAUGGCAGCAGAGCGAAGAAGGCGAAGACUACCACCGGGCCGAAGCACAAGAAAGUCGAGCCAAAGGCUUCUGAAAGUGAUGGCGCCACCUUUUCCGACUCGGAUGACGGAGGCGCUGCUUUGAAGCAGGGGAAAACGGCGAACGGCCAGGCCGCUGGCAAGGCGUUGGAGAAAGGACAAACCUCCCGCGAGGCUCAUGCGAAGCAGAAACAGUUGGCGCAAGAACGUAAAGCCGCGAAACCAUUGGCGGACGAGGUUCAGCGGACGAAAAAGUUGUGGGAGAGAUUGCGCCGCAAGUCGCAUGUGCCCAAGGAGGAGCGCCAGCAACUGGUCGACGAGCUCUUCUCCAUCAUUACCGGGCGCAUCAAAGACUUCGUAUUGAAGCACGACGCCGUGCGCGCUGUCCAGACGGCCAUCAAAUACUCAACUCCAGUCCAAAGGAAGCAGAUCGCGAAGGAGCUUCAGGGUGCCUAUGCGCAACUUGCUGAGAGCAGAUAUGCCAAGUUCCUCAUCGGCAAACUCCUUGUCCAGAACGACACCGAGAUUCGCGACAUCAUCAUCCCCGAGUUUUAUGGGAAAAUCCGCAAGCUUAUCAACCAUUCCGAAGCAUCCUGGAUUCUGGACGACAUCUACCGUGGGGCAGCCACCAAGGAACAGAAGGCCCAUAUGUUGCGAGAAUGGUACGGGCCCGAGUUCGCCUUGUUCAAGUCAGGGAAUAAGGGCGAGGUCACAGCCGACCUGUCCAAAAUUCUUGCUGAAGAGCCAAGCAAGCGGUCGACAGUCCUCAAAUACCUCUGUGAUAUGACCAACAACCUGAUCCAAAAGAAGAUGACCGGGUUCACAAUGCUGCACGACGCCAUGUUGCAAUAUUUCCUCAACCUCAAGCCCGACAGUGAAGAGCUCAAAGAGUUUGUUGAGGUCGUCAAGGGUGACGAGAAUGGCGAUCUGCUCAAGAACAUGGCCUUCACCAAAUCUGGCGCGCGUUUAGCCUGCUUGCUCUUGGCCCAUGGGAGUGCGAAGGACCGGAAGCAAAUCCUCAAGACAUACAAGGACACAUUUCAGCUCAUAUCGGGUGACCCUCAUGGGCACAUGAUCCUGUUGGCUGCCUACGAUCUCAUCGAUGACACAGUUUUGACCUCCAAGUCAAUCUUUCCAGAAAUCUUGGGCAAGGCCGAGGACCUAGACCCGGGGAACAUUGCUUUCAUGGCGAACGACCCGAACGCACGCAUCGUGUCCUUGUACUUGUUCGAAGGCCAGUCCAAAUCAUUGUUCCCAUCGAGCCAUGCCGAUGAUUUGGAAUUGCUCAGCGAGCUCCACGAGAUCCGCAAGACUACGAGCAAGAAGGACGCCGAGGUGAGACGCAAAGAGCUGGUAGCAUCUAUGUCCCCACAGAUGCUGGCCGCCGUAGCGGCCUUUGGGAAGGAACUUGCGGCCACUUCGUUUGGUUGUCAAUUCAUCGCCGAUAUUCUCCUGUCUUCCGUUGGGGACAAGACUGCCGCCCUCGAGGCUGUUGCUGCCACAGCGGCUGGUGAGCCUAACCCUGCUCUCCCCGAGGAUGCUGAUCCUCUCUACCCCCCACCACCACACCUUUCCCUUACACCUCACGGAGGCAAACUGUAUAAGACCCUCAUCGCCGGUGGGCGGUUCGAUAGGGAAACGGGAACCGUCAAAAGAAUCGAGCCGCCCCUUAACUUCGCCGACAUUCUCUACCCUGUCAUAAAAGACCACAUCAUGCAGUGGGCAGUUGGGCCAAGCUCGUUUACAGUGUUGGGUUUGCUUGAAGCCCCGGAUUUCUCGUCAAAGAAAGAGCUUCUCAAACUCCUCAAGUCGGAGAAGAAGACUGUUGAGCGUGCCGCCACCGCUGCUGAGACCACGGCGGGGGGUGUGAAGCCCAAGUCGAAGAACAAGGACAACGGCUCCAAGUCGAAGUCGGGAGGGAACCAAGGCGCAAGACUGUUGUUGGAAAAGUUGCAAGCAUAGAAUAUGGGGCAAAGUGUGCAGCGUGCGUGGAUGGGGUGCUAUGAACAUGAUGGAUAGGGGCCCAUACAGCGCAGAGGCUUCGCUAAUAAAUAUACCUAGUGUAAACACAUGGACACUCUGCCAUGAUGGCGUUAUCUGUAGACUGAAGUGACUGGUCGG